CGCGAACGAGCGUCCUCGUUGGCUCGUUGAAGUUGAAGUUGUUGGUCGUUGGUUCAUGCGCGAUAGCCACAGCGAUUGAUAGCGAUAAACGCGGCGAUAUAUCGCGGAUACCGUGGAUGUAGCGGAACGUUAUCUCGUUCUCGGCUCAUCUAUGCUAAAUUAAAAAUAUUAAUCUUCAUUAUGAAUUCGCGGUGCUCGUGUUUGUGUAACGUGACUCACGCCGACCGACAGAUUAGGUUAGAAGAUUAGGUUAGGAAGGAAUCUUGCUGCGACUCUAAGGACGGUGAUCAGCGAUGGCUAAUAAACAGUUCGGUCUGAUCUUGCCGAAGAAGAAGCAACAGCUGCAGCAGCAGCAGAGCACGGCGCCGAAGCUCAGCAAUGUUUUCGGGGACGACAAUGCGUCCGACGACGACGACGGUACCGACUGGGUCAGGAAAGCUCUCAAGGCAGAGGGCGAGAAGAACAGGAUGAAGAAGCAGACGAAGCUCGAUAUACAGAAGGCUCUGAACGAGGAUCCGACGAUCUACCAGUAUGAUGAGGUGUACGACGAUCUGGAGCGCGGCAAAGGCCAGGACGGCGCGAGCAAGCAAGAGAAGAAGUCCAAGUAUAUACAGAAGCUCCUGAAUACAGCCGGCCGAAGAAAAAGGGAGCAGGAGCAUAGGAUAGAGAGAAUGGUGCAGAAGGAACGCGAAGCCGAGGGCGAAAUGUACGCGGACAAGGAGAGUUUUGUCACCUCGGCGUACAGAGCGAAGCUGGAGGAAUUUAAGAAGAUGGAGGAGGAGGAGGCUAAAAUGGAUAGAUUGGAAUCUAUCGGCGACGUGACGAAGCAACAAGACAUGUCAGGAUUUUAUCGUCAUUUGUAUGAACAGACCGUCGACUUUAAAGAUGGAACUAAUAAAGAUGAUAGCAAGGCAAAAAAAGAGAGUACCGAGCAGAAAGAAAGGAGAACUUCCACAAGCAGCGCAAAUGGAGAGAAUGAAACGGUGAAUAAGAAAGUGAGUGAAACAGAGGAAAAACAAAGAGCGACCACAAAGCCUAAGAAGUCGAGGCAGUACAGGCAGAGAGCCAUAGAAACGUACGAAUCUGAUUCUGAAACGGAGACGAGUAAAGAAGAAAUGAAGAAAGAUCAAAUCGUUGUUUCGCCAAUAGACAAGGAGGCCGAUGAAGCUGAGAUACAAGAACCAGAGGAAAAGAAACGAAAAAUAGAUAAAAACAACGUGAACACAAUCGAAAAUAUUGUAGAUAACAAGGAAAAAAAUACAAUUGUAAAAGACGCUGAGAUCUCUCAGGAUAACAUUACUCCAGACAGUGAAACAGUUGAAGAGACUAAGGAGAAGCCUGUUGAAAAGAAAGACAGGUCUUCCAUUUGGGAAAAGAGAACAGUAGGUCCAGUGUUUGAAGCAGCGUUACAAAGGUAUUAUGCAAGGAAAGCAAAGAAACUGAUUGCUGCAAAUUAGAUGUAAUUAAUUUAUGAUUAUAUUAAUUUUUUAUACAACUCGUCAAUAUUUGUACUUUUUGUUCCACUUUUAUAUCGAUUAAUAUCGACUUUAUUCCCAUGACAAAAUUGUACAAAAAAAAUGAUAUAAUCUCAAACUGUAAAAAUGUGUAUAAUGAGAAUUAAAGAGAAAACUUAUUUUAUGAUGUUAGAAAA